UUCGAUUUUCUUCCAACAAAUGUUGCACUCCAAGCUUCAUUUUUCGAAUUAAAUCACAUAAAUUUCUUUUGUUUUUGGUUUUUGUUCUUCUUCGGGUGUUUCUUAGCUCGAAAUGGCGGAUAAACCACAGAACUGGGUGUUAAUGGUGACUGCCCAGUCUCCGACGAACAUUGCAGUCAUCAAGUACUGGGGGAAGAGGGAUGAAACCCUGAUUCUCCCUGUAAACGACAGCAUCAGUGUUACACUUGAUCCCAAACACCUCUGUACGACGACGACUGUGGCUGUUAGCCCCAGCUUCGACAGAGAUCGGAUGUGGCUCAAUGGGAAGGAGAUUUCCCUUUCUGGAGGUAGAUAUCAGAACUGUCUUAGGGAAAUCCGGGGUCGUGCGAGCUCCGUUGAGGAUGAUGAGAAGGGGAUCCGCAUUCAGAAACAAGAUUGGGAGAAGUUGCAUGUACACAUUGCUUCCUACAACAACUUCCCCACUGCUGCAGGCUUGGCUUCUUCUGCUGCCGGUUUUGCUUGUCUUGUCUUUGCUCUUGCAAAACUAAUGAAUGUAAAGGAAGAUCAGGGAAAACUUUCUGCUAUUGCAAGGCAAGGAUCAGGUAGUGCUUGUCGUAGUCUUUAUGGUGGAUUUGUCAAGUGGGUCAUGGGAAAUGUUGAGAAUGGAAGUGACAGCAUUGCUAUUCAACUUGCUAGUGAAACUCAUUGGGAUGAUCUGGUUAUUAUUAUUGCAGUGGUAAGUUCACUGCAAAAGGAAACAAGUAGCACUUCAGGAAUGCGUGAGAGUGUUGAAACAAGUGCUCUCUUAAAUUACAGGUCAAAGGAAGUAGUACCAAAGCGGAUAUUGCAGAUGGAAGAAGCCAUUAGAACACAUGACUUCCCAUCUUUUGCAAGGUUAACUUGUGCUGAUAGUAACCAGUUUCAUGCGGUUUGCUUGGAUACUUGUCCUCCCAUUUUCUACAUGAAUGAUACUUCACACAGAAUAAUCAACUACAUGGAGAAAUGGAAUCGGUUUGAAGAAAAACCUCAGGUUGCCUACACUUUUGAUGCGGGGCCCAAUGCAGUUUUAAUUGCUCGUAAUAGAAAAGUUGCUUCUCUUCUGCUUCAAAGGCUGCUGUUCUACUUUCCUCCACUUCCAGAUACUGAUAUGGAUAGUUACGUUCUUGGAGAUAAAUCAAUACUAAAAGAUGCUGGUGUUGAAGCAAUGAAAGAUGUAGAAGCUUUGCCAUCGCCUCCAGAACUUAUGAACAAUGUCCCAUCCAAGAGACAUGCAGGAGAUGUAAGUUAUUUCAUCUGCACCAGACCAGGUAGAGGCCCUAUUUUGCUUGCUGAUGAAAGCCAAGCCCUUCUCCACCCCAAAACUGGGUUGCCAAAGUAGGUUCUGAGAUAUCUUUUUCUUUGUCAUUAUUUUUAUGAAAUUUAAACCCUCCCGCCCAAAAAAAGUGUUUUGCAUGUUGCGACCAUGUUUAUUCCUUUUAGAAUUUUCUGUUUUAGCCAUUUAAGACUUUAUGCAUUGUCUAAGACAUGAACUACCAAGGAAGCAUGAAUUGUUUGCUUUGAA